AUGGCAUUUCCACCACCACCGGUCAACACUAUCGACUGGAGCGACAUUGGCUUCCGUGUCCGUGAAGUCAAUGGCCAUAUCGAGUCCCAUUUCAGCGUCAAGACGGGCGUAUGGUCCAAACCUCAGUUCGUCACUGACCCCUUCCUCCGCCUCCAUGGCAUGUCACCAGCCCUGAAUUACGGCCAGCAAUGUUACGAAGGCAUGAAAGCUUUCCGCUCUCCUACCAACGAAAUCACCAUUUUUCGCCCAACCCGCAACGCCUCUCGUUUUGCCCACUCUGCCACAGUAGUAUCGAUCCCUCCCGCACCUGAAUCUGUUUUCUCCGAAUGUGUACAUGCGGCUGUUUCCCUCAAUGCUGCCUACGUUCCUCCGCACGAGACCGGCGCUGCCAUGUACAUCCGGCCUCUGGUCUUCGGCUCUAGUGCUCAAUUGGGUCUGAAUCCUCCUGAGGAAUACACCUUCUGCGUAUACGUGCUGCCAGUGGGUGUCUAUCAUGGCGUGCACCCUGUCAAGGCUCUGAUUUUGGAGGACUUCGACCGUGCGGCACCGGAUGGAACAGGCAAUGCCAAGGUCGGAGGAAACUAUGCGCCGGUGUUGAGGUGGAGUGACAAAGCAAGAACAGAGGGCUACGGCAUCACACUGCAUCUGGACAGCAAGACUCGCUCUGAGAUUGACGAGUUUUCUACAAGUGGGUUUAUUGGCGUCAAGGGUACUGGAGAUGAUAUCACGCUGGUGACUCCGGAUAGCAAGUGUGUGAUUGCCAGUGUGACCUCGGACUCGUGUCUUGAGAUUGCUAGAAGUUUUGGGUGGAAGACGGAAACUCGCUCUAUCAAAUACGAGGAGCUUCCCGAAUUCUCAGAAGUGCUUGCUGCUGGUACUGCAGCAGCCCUCGUACCCAUCAAGUCCAUCACCCGUAAUUCCCGAAACGAAACAUUCUCCUACAUCGCUGCCGAUUCCCAGGAGCCAGGGCCAAUCUGUAUCAAGCUGCUUACGACACUGAAAGGCAUCCAGACAGGGAAGAUCAAAGAUACCUUUGGCUGGAAUAGCAAGGUUGAGGAGACGGAUUCAAAGAAGUACAGUUCGGGCGAGCAGUCGAAUGUGACGAAUGGUGCAAGUGUCGAUGCUUUGCCAUGA